AUGGGGAGUUCAGAAAGCGUGCUGCCGGAGGGUCCUGCCGCGAAGGCUUUGCAGGAGAUGACAAAGCCCAAGCGGAUCGCCAUCACCGACAGCUUCUGGUUCGAGCUGCUGAAGGUUCAGCUUCCAGGCAUGAUGAAGCCUGGAUUCUUUGAAGCGCACUAUUCAGAACCUACAGUUCUGGAUGCUCUGGUGAGAGAUGCUUACUUUCUUCAGCUGGUUGCAACCAACGAGCACAGCGCCAAUUUCCGAACGUUUCUUCGAUUUUGGGCGCGGCUUCUGCACUACUUUCGUACCUCUCCAAGCGAUGCCAAGCCUUGCAGCUUUUCUGCGGUUUUAAGCUUGUCGCUUCUCUGUCGCUGUCUCCUGAAGCAGUUUGCCGAAUGUUUCCCUGCGCACGAACUUCUUUUCCAACUUGAGCAGGUGCCUCUUCAUGAGGAGGAAACUGAGACCUCCAAGUGCCAGGAGGGACACAUCAUGGUGAACUAUGUCGGCAAGCAUUCCCAGGUGAAGUGGCCACCAACAGAGGCAACUGCGGCGACUGCUUCAUUGUUUGUCGAACCACUUUGCUCGCUUUGUCCAGAGGACGCAACAGCUUUGCGGGAUGAAAACUGUAUGAUGCGAGUGUUGCCAACCGGAGAGCACUUCUCUGUUGCAGAGGCAGUGGAAAGACUUCAGGAAAUGGAUGUGCAGGAAGUGGUACUUUGCCCCAGUGCAGUGCCGCACGCUCGAGGCAGUGUGCUUCGAAGCGUCUUCAGGGAGAUCGUCGAUUUCUUGUUGUAUUCGACCUUCGGCGCUGUGAACAGCACAUCGCCCUCUCUGCAUGGUGACAGUGAGGCUGAGAGUGGAGUACAAAGGAAUCUAUCGGUGUCCCCUACUACCAUGAGGCUGCAGGCGCUCCUGCAUGAGAUUCUGCUUCUACUAUCUGCAGUGGCGGCGGUCAAGCCACAGAGCUCGUCUGAGCAGGAAUCAGACUGGAAGAGCCAUAGAAACUGUGCGCCCUUCCAAGCUGCCUUCGAGCAGCGACGUCUUGCAGAAGCGGCCUUUCGCCUCCGCGCGGAGGCUGCAGAAUCUGCAGGUCAACGUUUAUCAUCUUCGAAGGAACCUGAUGUGAAAGCUGAACUCGAGCCAAAGAUGCUGAGUAUCAGCGAGCCUUUGUCGCUUCCAUUCUUGCAAGCUUUCUCAGAGGUGCUACAAGAGUCAGCUGAAGAGGAUGAGAAGGUCAUUGAAGCUGCCGACAGAAAUGGGACUGCCAAUGCUGCUUCCCAUGUGAAGAACUGCGACGGAUUGACAGCCAAGGCGUUCUUGGCGACGCUGCUGAAUAGCUUGUGGCUGGAACCACAUGCAGCGCUUCUACCUAACCCUCCCAAAGAGGUUCUGGACCUGCUGAGUGCCCGGCGCUCGUCGGAUGUCGAUGCCAACGCGGUCUACAGAGGGAUCGAGGUAUCCAAGAUGUACCUGGCAUCCUCAGAGCUCAUGCCUGGUCUGCCUUCGGGCUUUGUUGGUGAUGAUGGCGCAGCGGUUGAAGCUGGCAUGGCUGGCAAAGCCAUCUCCAAACGAGCCCUGCUGGUGUUGCUUCUCCUGGUCUUCUACAAUCCACAGGCAAAUGCGAAGAUCACGAUGGCUUUUGCAUCACUGACAGAUCCCAGAUUCGAUUCGUCCAAUUCAGCGGCCUAUGCAACGAUCACAGCUCCGUUACACUUUCCAAAGAUCCUGCGGGUGAUCCUGCAGAAGCUACUGGAGCCUGGAUAUCCAUUGCUGCUGUAUUGUCUAGUGAUCAAGAAUGCCAGCUUCCGGAGAUACUGUCAACGCAAUGCAGACAAGGUAUUGCCGGCACUUCUGGAGGUGUUGAACAAUGUGUCAACAACUGAGAAUAAGAUCUUGGCAAAGGCCCCAGCGGGAGUUAUGGGCAUGCUGCUGGCUGUACUGGCCUUAACAGGAGACGCAGGUUUCUGCGAACAAAUGUCUGAUGUGAAGCUACUGGAUGCCCGUACUGUUCUGGGUGCAUCGCAGAGGUCAGUCAAGGAGAUUUCCUUGUCGUCCCUGCUGAUUGUGGUGAUUCUGCGGCUUGGACAUUGGAACUUCGGAGCUUGCCGAGACUCGUUCUUUAAUCGAACAGUUGCGGCAAUCUUGGGCAACCUAGCAGCCCAUGGCGUAGAGCAUGUGCACUGGCACACUGCCAACCGAAUGCUCGAGGUCGCUGGACUCCUGGCACGCAACGCAGUGAAGCUGCGGAACGGAGGUCCUUCUCGCCAGCCCAGCCUCGGGGAGGCAGCCGAAAUGCAUCGCUCAAGGAUGGUGCGAUCCUUGUUGACAUCCUUGCUGAGGUUGGUAUCGAGUUGCUUGCGCAUGCCCCGAGUGUCCACGAACACCCAGUUGGUCUACGCUUUGCAAAAGAACUAUCCACCACAGUUUACCCAGCUGGAAGCUGAUCCUGAGCUUGGCCCUCCCUUGAUGCAUGUGAGAACCGCAACUGAUUGGUUUGAGGCACAGUGUCCGGCCACGGAUGAUACUGACCUUGACGUGGAAGCCCAGAUCGCUCGAUUGCAGGAGGCUUCUGCGCGACUCCCUGCAGAGCUGAUGACUCUGGCCUCUGUGGAAGGGGCAAGCGUCUCUGCAUAUGCAGAGACCGAGGAUGCUUCUGCUUACUUCCUGCCAUCAGUUUGGGAAGCUGCGCAAAGCAAGCUGCCAGAUCAUGUGUGUUGGAGUUCAAGUACCGCCAAAAGCUAA